CGAUGCUUGCUUCACAUAACGAUAGCUAGCUAUCUAGCUUGGUGAGCUUGGCACUCGAAGAAAAGAGCAACGUCAGUGUACCUAAAUAACCUAUUCGGUGGAGUAGUAUUCUCUUCAGAAGAACGUUUGACUGCUGUUCGUGCCUGCCAAUGGAGCUGGCACACAGUCUACUGCUCAAUGAAGACGCCUUGGCUCAGAUCACCGAAGCCAAGAGACCAGUCUUCAUAUUUGAGUGGCUUCGGUUUCUUAAUAAGGUUCUUAUAACGGCUAACAAGGUCGAUGUGAAAGAAAAGCAAAAAAAGCUUGUGGAGCAGCUCACGGGGCUGAUAACCUGCAACCCGGGGCCCCCAACACGGAAGCUCCUGGCCAAAAACCUAGCCACGCUCUACAGCAUUGGUGACACCUUCACCGUCUUCCAAACCCUGGACAAGUGCAAUGACAUCAUCAGGAACAAGGACGACACUCCGGCCUAUCUGCCCACAAAGCUUGCUGCUGUGGCUUGUGUUGGGGCCUUUUAUGAGAGAAUGGGCCGGAUGCUGGGAAGUUCUUUCCCAGAAACCAUCAACAACCUUCUGAAAGCCCUAAAGAGCGCCGAGUCGCAGGGCCGCAGCGAAAUCCUACUCAGCCUGCAGAAGGUCCUGAGCGGCCUGGGGUCGGCGGCGGCAUCCUGCCACAGAGACGUCUAUAAAAACGCCCGCUCCCUCCUCACCGACCGCUCCAUGGCCGUGCGCUGUGCCGUUGCCAAGUGUCUGCUGGAGCUGCAGGCCGAGGCCGUGUUCAUGUGGACGGCGGAGCUGGAGAACGUGGCCACGCUGUGCUUCAAAGCCCUGGAAGGCUCCACGUACGGGGUGCGCGUGGCCGUCUCCAAGCUGCUGGGCACUGUCAUGGCCUCCGCGCUCACGCCCAAACAGGCCGCAGUGAUGCGUCAGAACGUGAAACGCGCCACGCUGGAGGAGGUCCUGGAGCUGAUGUCCACAGGCUUCCUGAGGGGCGGCUCCGGCUUCCUGAAAAGCGGCGGCGAGAUGCUCAAGGGUGGAGCCUCGGUCAGCAGGGAGGUGCGAGUGGGCGUCACCCAGGCGUACGUGGUGUUUGUGACCACGCUGGGCGGUCAGUGGCUGGAGCGCAACUUUGCCACGUUCCUGUCUCACGUGUUGGAGCUGGUGGCGCACCCGCGGGCCACGCAGACACACGUGGAGGCGGUGUACUCGCGCCGCUGCGUCAGCUUCGCCCUGCGCGCCACCCUCGGCGGACUGCUCGGGGAGAAGGCCCAGAUCGCCGCUGCCAAGGAGAUCUGCCAGGCCAUCAGCAAGCAGAUGAGGGCAGUGGGUAAGGAGGAAAAUUGGGGGGAAAUAUCCAGGUUCAGAGCACUACAGAAAGCAGUAGUGAGCGACAGCAGCGGGGAGAAUAAGGGUGGGGCGGCGGACGUCUCUGCCAGUCAGCACGUGAUGGUGUGUGCUCUCAAAGAGCUGGGCAGCCUGGUCCAGAGUCUCAGUGCCACCGCCUCACCGCUCAUACAGGAGCCUUCUAUUGGUCUGCUGGAGACGGUGUCGUCUGUCUUGCUCCACCCCAGCAUGGCGGCGAGGCUGGCGGCAGCCUGGUGCCUGCGCUGCGUCGCCGUGGCACUGCCCUAUCAGCUGACGCCGCUCCUGGAGCGCUGCGCAGAGCGCAUCAACUCCCUGAAGAGCUCGCCCGAGGCCGUGAGCGGUUACAGCUUUGCCCUGGCAGCCCUGCUGGGUGGGGUACAUCAGUGCCCACUGGGCAUCCCACACUCCAAGGGCAAGAUGGUGGUGAGCAUCGCCGAGGACCUGCUGCGCUCGGCGGCUCAGAACAGUCGUCUCUCGCUGCACCGCACGCAGGCCGGCUGGCUGCUGCUCGGUGCUCUCAUGACUCUGGGAUCGUCUCUGGUGCGUUACCACCUGCCCAAGAUGCUUCUCCUCUGGAGGAACGUGUUCCCGCGCUCGCAGAAGGAGCUGGAGGCCGAGAAGGCCCGGGGAGACUCCUUCACCUGGCAGGUCACCCUGGAGGGCCGGGCUGGCGCACUGUGUGCCAUGCGCAGCUUCGUGGCUCACUGUCCCGAGCUGCUGACGGAGGACGUGAUACGCAGGCUUAUGACGCCCAUUGAAUGUGCCAUGACCAUGAUGUCCCACGUUCCCGCGGUGGUGAAGGUGCACGGCGCUCACCUGAAGGCCAGCGCAGCCAUGGUCCGCCUCAGACUCUACGACAUUCUCGCCCUCCUGCCGCCAAAGACGUAUGAAGGUAGUUUCAGCGCUUUGCUGAGGGAGCUGGUCGCUGAGUUCACCCUGACAGAUAAUUCAGCUAACACAACCACAUCACUGCUGCGGUCCCUCUGUCACUAUGACGACAGCGUUCUCAUGGGCUCCUGGUUGCAGGAGACUGACCACAAGUCCAUCGAGGACCAGCUGCAGCCCAACAGCGCGUCAGGAAGUGGUGCCCUGGAGCACGACCCCUCCUCCAUAUACCUGCGCGUGCCUGCCGGGGAGGCCAUCCCGGGGCCUCUGCCCCUGGGCGUGUCCGUCAUCGAUGCCUCCGUGGCCCUCUUCGGUGUGGUCUUCCCCCACGUCUCCUUCAAACACCGACUCCAGAUGCUGGACCACUUUGCUGAGUGCAUUAAACAGGCGAAAGGGGUCCGACAGCAGGCAGUGCAGCUCAACAUCUUCACCGCUGUCCUCAGCGCCCUCAAGGGUCUGGCUGAGAACAAAAGCACCUUGGGCCUGGAGGAGGUGCGUAAAUCCGCUCUGGCGCUGGUGAUGGGAGCUCUGGACAACCCCAACCCCAUCCUGCGCUGCGCGGCCGGCGAAGCACUGGGCCGCAUGGCUCAGGUGGUGGGGGAGGCCACCUUCAUCGCCAGCAUGGCCCAGCACAGCUUCGACAAGCUGAAGUCCGCCCGGGAUGUCGUGUCCAGGACAGGACACUCUCUGGCUCUGGGCUGCCUGCACCGCUACGUGGGUGGCAUCGGGUCAGGCCAGCACCUCAAGACCAGCGUGAGCAUCCUGCUGGCGUUAGCCCAGGACGGCACCUCUCACGAGGUCCAGACGUGGGCGCUGCACUCUCUGGCUCUCAUCGUGGACUCCAGUGGUCCCAUGUACCGAGGCUACGUGGAGCCCACCCUAUCCCUGGUUCUCACUCUGCUGCUCACAGUACCCCCUUCACACACCGAGGUGCACCAGUGCCUGGGCCGAUGCCUGGGCGCCCUCAUCACCACCGUGGGGCCCGAGCUGCAGGGCAACAGCGCCACCAUCUCGACCAUCCGCUCGUCGUGCCUGGUGGGCUGCGCCAUUAUGCAGGACCACUCGGACUCUCUGGUGCAGGCGGCGGCGAUCUCCUGCCUGCAGCAGCUGCACAUGUUCGCCCCGCGCCAUGUCAACCUGUCCGGCCUGGUGCCCUGUCUCUGUGUGCACCUGUGCAGUUCUCACCUGCUCUUGCGGAGGGCUGCAGUUGCGUGCUUGCGGCAGCUGGUCCAGAGAGAGGCGGCCGAGGUUUGUGAGUACGCGAUGAGUCUCGCCAAGAAGAAUGGAGACAGCAAGGAGAGCACAACCAUCAACCUGAACAUCACUGAGACGGGUCUGGAGGGCGUCCUGUUCGGCAUGCUGGAUCGUGAGACGGACAGGAAGCUGUGCUCAGACAUCCACGACACUCUAGGACACAUGCUGUGCUCACUCGCUGUGGAGAAGCUCUCUCAUUGGCUCAAACUCUGCAAAGAUGUCCUCGCGGCCAGCACAGAGGCCGGAGGCGCUGUGGCAUUUGAAGUGGAGAAAGAGGAGGAAGAUUCGGAGAAGAAAGACGAGAUGGACGAUGACACCAUGUUCACGGGCUUGGGCGAGGACGACAAGUCCAAGCCCUCUGUCGCCCCCCGCUGGGUGACGCGGGUGUUUGCAGCCGACUGCCUCUGCCGUAUCAUCCACCUGUGUGAAAACGCGGAUAAGAACCACUUUGACCUAGCCGCCGCCCGGAGCGUAAAAGCCAAAAACCCCAAAGGUGAUCUGCUGGUGCUUCACCUUUCGGACCUCAUCCGCAUGGCCUUCAUGGCUGCCACAGACCACAGUGACCAGCUGCGCAUGGCCGGACUGCAGGCCCUGGAGGACAUCAUCAAGAAGUUUGCCUCUGUGCCGGAGCCAGAGUUCCCUGGUCAUGUGAUCCUGGAGCAGUACCAGGCCAACGUAGGAGCGGCGCUCCGUCCGGCCUUUUCUCCCGACACGCCCUCCGACAUCACAGCCAAGGCGUGCCAGGUGUGCAGUGCAUGGAUAGGCAGCGGCGUGGUGAGCGACCUGAACGACCUGCGCCGCGUGCACAACCUGCUGGUGUCCUCUCUGGACAAGGUGCAGGCGGGCAAGAGCUCGUCCAGCCAGCUAUACAGCGAGAGCGCCACCACCAUGGAGAAGCUGGCCGUGCUGAAGGCCUGGGCAGAGGUCUACGUGGUGGCCAUGAAGAUAAAAAAGGAAGCGGAGUCCAAGCCAGCGUGUCCCCUGCGGAGCAGCGAGGAUGAGGAGGAGGACGUGGGCGACGAAGGAGACGUCCUCCCCCCCGACAGCCUGAUCAUGCUGGUUCAGCCGGAGCUGCCCUCCCUGAGCCGUCUGUGGUUGGCUGCGCUGAGAGACUACGCCCUGCUGACGCUGCCAGCCGAGUUCGCCAGCCAGCUGCCCCCCGAAGGUGGGGCCUUCUACACCCCGGAGACGAUCGACACCGCACGCCUGCACUACCGCACCUCCUGGGCCCCCAUCCUACAUGCCGUGGCCCUCUGGCUCAGCAACACUGAUUUCGGGGCCCUGGGGGGCCCUGAGGAGCCCCAGCCUGCCCCGACCAACACCGGUGCCACCAUGGGCCCAGCGGGGCAGGUGUUUCCACAAGGGCCUCCCACCCCCAACAAAAGCCAUGAUGAACUGGUCAAAGACAGAAUGCACCUGCUGUUAGGCGUCAGCAUCGAGUUCCUGUGUUUCCCACGGCCUGAGGAGCCCAUCGAGAGGGUGAUGUCCUGCCUCAAGGCCCUCUGUACGCUGUUCGAGUCCCCCCGGGCACGAAAACACAUCGCAGAGGACCAGUUGCUGGCUGUGGAGCUGCUAAACGUUCUCCACAGGCUGUUGCUAACACGUGACCCUCCCAGCAUCCAACUGCAGGUGACGGCCGUGGUGCAGGAGGCCAUCCGCGCGGCCCACGACCACCUGGAGCAGCUCAGGAGCUCCACAGGUGCGGAGGAGGCCGGGGAGUCGGCGGGCGCUCUGGGAGAGGGAGGGGAGGCUGGCGAGCUGCAGCCGGGGAAGUCACUGGUGUUCGCCGCCAUGGAGCUGCUGGUGUUCCUGCUGGUGCGGCACCUGCCCCGGGUGAGCGCGCGGGCGGCCGACUCACCCGGCCACCUGCCCUCCAAGCCCCAGCAGCUGUCGGAGCACGGCAACCGGCUGGUGGCCGCCGCCCUCAGCAUCCUGGCUGAGCUCCCCGCACUGUGCUCUCCCGCAGGAAGCAUGACCAUCCUGCCAACGGUACUGUUCCUGAUCUGCGGGGUACUGCGGGAAACUGCGGUGAGGACGCUGGACGGCUCCGUACCCCUGCCCGUUCCUGCCGCCCUGCAGGGCAUCAAGGCCAUCAUCACGUCGCCCCUGGGCCGUGUGGAGAAGACCCAGCAGCAGUGGACCAGCCUGGUCAGGAGCAGCCUGGCCUCUGUGCUGGAGUAUUCCCAGCCCGACGAGUCCAGACCCAGCACGGAUGAGGUGAGCAUGCUGACGGCCAUCACGCUCUUUCUGGUCUCUGCCAGCGCUGAGUUGGUGGGCGUCACCCCCUUACAGAAUGGCUGCAUGGAGCGCUUCCGGAACGCCCUCAACUCCAGCGACCCGGCGGUCCAGGGGCGCUGCUACCAGCUGCUCCUCUCCGUCUUCCAGCACUCAAGCCGUGCCCUCUCCACACCGUACAUCCAUGCUCUGGCUCCGCUGCUGGUGGAGAAGCUGAGGGCAGCGGAGCACGCUCGGCCCCGUACACACGCGGAGCUCCAGGCCCUGCAGGAAGGAGUCAAAGUGCUGGAGGGCCUGGCGGCCUUGGGAGAGGAGCAGAACCGUGUUCAGUUGCUGGCUCUCCUGGUGCCCACACUAAUUUCCUACCUGCUGGAUGAGAAUGCCUUCUCCACCGCACCCCCAGCCUCCAAGGGGCUGCAUGAGUUCGCCCUCCAAAACCUGAUGCGCAUCGGACCCCUCUACCCUGCUGCCUUUAAGACAGUGAUUGGGGCAGCUCCAGAGCUGAAGACCCGCCUUGAGAAUGCCAUCAGAGCCAAUCAAGCAAGCAGUAAAGCCAAGGCUACAGCUAGGCAGGCUCAGCCCACUGUGCAGGCCACACCCACUAUUAAACUCAAGACUACCUUUUUUUAAGACCAUUUAUCAAUUGAUAGAUUUUUUUGGUAAGGUCAAUUAGAUAAGCCCUGCUUUAUUUUCCUUAAAUCUUGGCCUCUGUGUGAAGACAUUCUGUAAAUAAGGAUAUACUGGUUUACUUUUAGUUGUUAGUCAGUCAUGCUGCUGAAUGUAUGAGUGAAACGCUCGCCUUGAAGAGGCUCGAGGCGUGGGUAAUGGGACAUGGUUAUCAUCUUCAUGAGCAUUCUGUUUUUCCACCAUCUUGAUAUUUCUUUGACGCUUGUAAAAUACACCUUAAUCAGAAAACACUGUCAUUAAAGCACUUUUGUAAUGCUUAAAUGUUACCAAAUGUUCUUUCCAACAAUUCUUGUACAGUCUUUUUCUUUUCCUUAAUGUCUGUUUUUGUUUCUGUUCUUGCUUGUUCCUAUAAAGACCAAUACCGUGUACAACAUAUGUCUGUCACGUCCUGGCCUUCGCCUGUAUCCUUCUUCUACUUCCUCAGUUGAUAGGUUCAUGUGAUGCAGAUGGAUUUUAAUGGGGCUCCAACUACAUUUUCUCUCCACCCUUGGCUGCAAUUGCUAUAUUGAAGAUGUAUCUGUAUUAAAAAAGGAAAGAAAAAGACAUUUUCUCACAGAAUUCUUGUUUGAUUUAUGUUGUAUUAGGACUUUAAACUGAAAGCUAUGAUAUACUGUGAAUAUUUGUUCCCUUCAUCGACUUCCAGCAUGGUCAUGUGAUAUCUGCAACAGUUCUGCUGUUUAAAUGUAGUCAGUGUAUCUGAACACGUUAAAAUGGCUGAUCUGCCACAGUGGCACCUGACUCAUGCCUUUUACUAACUUGUGUUUACUGCUUAUCUUUAUCCGUGCUCUUAAUGUAAAGCAUUUAUGUAAAUAGCAAAGACCAGGGAAACAAUUCUAGUUGACAGAAAAUACAAGAAACUGGAAUGGACUUUGCAUUAAGGUGUUGAACUGUUAAGCUGCAGACUGUCAUCAUGUUACAAUAUGAAUGUUUGUUACGCACCGUGUCUGAAAUGCGCUCUUUGGUUGUCUCAUUGUUUCUGUUCCAUGUCAACUAAGUAAAUAUGAUUGCCACAAUAAAAAGGAUUUAAGCA